UCUCCAAUACUUUUAACCUUCAUUGGGGUUGAUUAUUGUUGGAUUAUUGUUGUUGUGGUUUUUUUUUGAUUUAAUUAAUUGAUUACAAUUAAAAAGAUAAUCAUGUUAAAUUUAGCAUCUAGAAUUUUAGUCUCUCCACUUCCUGUGGCCUCAGGAAGCCGAGUCAGAGGAAUAGCAACUCUUAAAGACAUCCGUGUCCGAUUGAAGUCUGUUAAAAACAUUCAAAAAAUUACAUCAGUUCGCUCAUUAAAGACUAGUAGUGAUGGUAGCGGUGGUAAAUCUUCGGGACAUGAAUUUGUUCCUCCUGCUGUACCUCAUGGAGGUGACGGUGAUAUUUACUUGGCCCCUGGUUUAAAAAGAAGACCACCAGGAGCAAAGACUGUGGAAGAAUUCAUGAACCCUGAAGGAGCCGAUAAAAAUUGGCUCACAUGGGGAGCAGAUCCACUUGAUAAGAAACGUGAUCGUUAUGAGGUUCAUUAUUAUGUUGCCACUACAAUUGUGGGUAUUAUCAUUUGGGGUGGUUUAAUUUUCCGUUAUUAUAGACCUGAUUAUGCUCCGCUUAACAUUUACACUGGUUAUAGUGCAGUUAUUGGACGUGAUCAAUUUGAUUAUUGGGCAAUGAGAGAAGCUUAUCUAGAAUUAGAGAGACGUGAAAAAUUAGGUUUACCAUUAAUUGAUCCAGAUUAUAUUCCAAGGGAAAAAAUGUUAACUCAAUUACCAUCCGAAGAUGAACUUGAACUGUACGAUUUCGAUGUUUACGUAUAAAAGAUCAAUAAUUAAUUUUGGAUGGAAACAAAUUAAUCAACAACGCCAACAAUUAAGAAGAUUACCUGUACAAAAAAAAACAACAAUUUUAACGAUGUUAACGUGAUGAUUUAAAAGGAAACAAAAAGACAAUAACAAUUUACCAAUGAAGAAAAGUUUGUCUGAAAUUUUCAUCAUUUUACUUUAGCAGAGGAGAGAAAAUCGAGGAAAAAAUCAAUUCAAUCAAUCCUUUAACUUGAGCAAUCAGCAAAUUAACUCAUUAACUAAUUGAUGUAAUAUAAAAAAAACUACAAUAAUCCAAAUAUUAGUUGUAUAUUAAAUGUUAU